AUGCGUAUGGCUAACCAUACCGUCAAACUCGCUGAUUUAAAAGUUGAUAACAAACAGCUGGGGCCUGGACUAAGAGGAGUUGACCCGAAUUUAUCAGACAAGAAGGGUUUGACUGCUCUGCACCAUAUCGCGUCAAGCACAAUAGACGAUGACUUUGCGGGAAUAUUCUUUAAGAUUUGCGACGACAUCAAGCAGACGGUAAAGCUCGAAGUUCGAGAUGAGCAGGGCCUAACACCAUUGAACGUAGCUUUGACCAAAGGUAAAAAAAAGUUGUCCGAAUCGCUCAUGAAAAAAGGUGCCGAUUUGAAUUCGACCAGCAACGGAGGGACGACUCCUCUGCAAUUUAUUUGCAUGUAUUGCGAAGAAGCUAGCUUCUUGAUGAAGAUGUUAUUUGAGCUCAGCGACGGAAGAAAUCAUCCGCUGCAGAUCGACGCCCGGGACGAACUCCACCAGACACCACUGCACUAUGCGGUGGAUCGUGGCCUUAAAGAAGUGACUGAACUGCUUUUGAGAAGAGGUGCCAAUCCGAAUUUGGCUACUAAAAGUGGACUCACACCUUUGCACAUUAUUUGCACGAGAUACCAGCUGGAAGAAUUGGUGGAGAUAUUCUUGAAGAUCUGUGAAGACGUCCAGCAGACGGUGGAGAUCGACGUUCAGGAUAAGUUAGGUCGAACACCUUUGCAGUAUGCAGUGACAAAUCUUAUGUUGAAUGCUGUCGACUCACUCGUUGAUCGUGGCGCUGAUCUGUCUAGCUUCAAUUUUCUUAUUAUCUAUCCAGAGUGGCUUCGUGAUGAUAAAUUUAAAUUGACCCUAGCAUGUGGUCUGAUGGCAGUCUUCGAGCGUCUGGAGAAUAGAGGUUACGAACCGGACUGCAGCGAUGCCUUAACAAUCAUGAAAUUUUUCCAUAACUAUGAAUUAUUUGAGAAGGCGGCAGAUCUCGACGAAUAUUGGUAUGAUGACGAGAAGUUCGCGACAGAAGCAAAAAAAGUAAUGAUUUAUUUGCGAAUCGAAAGAUUUUACUAUUAUGACGAGGCGGAGUUUGCCAGAGAAAAGAAUGAGACAAUGAUGAGUCCGAGUCUGUCGAUCUACGAUCUGGUUCGUCUACGACCUGAUGAGGUUGCGAAACUACUCACAUACGAGGAUUACUUCGAGUUGGCGCACCCAAAAAAAAUUAAUGAGUUUACCUCGCGUCUUGGUGUGGUUUGCCUUGUGCAUCUGUGCGAGAAAUUAUCAAGAAGAUUUUUCCAGGUCUGGGCAACAAUAUCUUUUUACGAGCUGAUACAUAAGCGGUUGCCGAUUGAAUGUUGUGGAAUUAUCAUCGCUAAUCUAACGAACCGAGAUUUAUAUCACAUUUGCCUGUCCGCUGCAGGCCAAAGCUCUUGA